UUAGUUACAGCGCGUCCAGUGUCGGGUUUGUUUUUGCGUCUUGGGAAAUUUGCAACAGCUUGGCUCUUAACAAUGGCAUGGAAGCGACCGGAAAACGUACCGUACCCCGCGGUAUGGCACACCUUUCAGGCCAAGGACACGGACGGUGAUCGAUUGGUGACGUAUCGCGUACAGGAUCUUCCGGAGGAACGUUCCGAGGAAGCGGUUCUACACAUGCUGGAGCAUUUCGUGUACGACGAACCGACGUGCCGAGCGAAAAACAUUGUUAACGACCAACGGAGCAUGGAAGAAAUAGCCGGACUGUGGCGCGAGUUUGUCAAACUACGGAUGAUACUGGUGUGCUUCAAGGAGGGCAGCGAUGAGUUUGCCGGAAUGAACAUGCUGUACGUCGCGCGGAAAGAUGACAAGGAAGAGUAUCAUUGCAAAGGUGAUGUCUGGCGAUGCAUAUACGACCUUGUCGAUUACAGCAUUAAGCAAGCGAACAUUUACGAGCGGUACGGCGUUAACGAGUACCUCGGAGCCAUGGGUUUGUCGGUUGCCCCGAAGUACCGUGGACGGGGUAUUGCAACUGAGAUCCUGCGUGCGCGGAUACCUCUUUGCAAGGCUGUGGGCCUGCCACUUACGUCCACCUGUUUCACGGCUAUAGGAUCGCAGGUGGCUGCCGCCAAGGCAGGUUUCGAGGAAACGCACGUCGUAUCGUACGAGGACAUGGCAGGAGUCGACGAUCGCUUCGUAUUUCCGAAUAUUACCACCAAGUACGUGAAAUGUAUGUCCAAACGGGUCGAAUGAUGCCCACCAGGUAGAGUUCAGGCUCACAGGUGUUAUUGGUACGAAUAUGAUCUACGGCGAUUCAAGCAGGAUUAUAUGUUCGUAAAAGAUAGCCAAGGAGCCGUUGUCCGUUUAAUGCAAAUGUACUAUACAUUAUUUAUAAUUUCGUUUUCAUGUGUUCACAUUUAUCCGAUGUGAGCCUUUAUGAAUGGUGAUUAGCAACUACACAACUGUUCGUCGAUGUUUAAUGCAAAGCAACAAUAAAAGUUUGUUAACGACAGAUUUUGAAUUAUUGAA